ACAAUGGCCGCGUCCGAUAUGUUAGUGGACCAGCUGACCAGUAGCUCGGCCGCCAGCGUGGAAGAAUUGGUCAGCGUCUCGGGAAACAUAGCGGCGGCAGUGGGAAAUAUCAUUGCUGCUGCAGCGCCUGCAACAAGUGCCGUUACCGCACCAACCAAACAGGCGGCUAACCAAAUGACAGAGGCAGAAAAACAACUGGCCAAGGACGUCGCCAAAAAGACAGAGGCACUGUUCAGUAAAGUGGCAACUAACCUCUUCACCAAGAUGAACGAGACUGCCACCCCUGUGGAGAUUUCCUCGCCGACAGUCACUAUGGCCGUGCAAAAGUUCACUCCCAAGGCGGAGACCUCUGCUAUUAAGACGCGGGAUGUAUCAUUGAAAUUGCCUCCUAUUACUUCGGCUGGUGGACAGAGCGUAAAUAUGAAGGUCCUUACCUUCAAACGGAACCCCUACACAUUUGGCAACGGUUCAGAACACGUGAACUCUCCAGUCACCGCCAUUGACAUGUCCCUGGCAGACGGCUCCUCCCUCUCUUUGGACUCUGACAUGGAAGCAGAGCUCGACACCUCAAAUGUCGGUGCCGCCAUUCAGGCUGAUGAUAUUGACACGAGUAACGUCACUGCUGAGACAGUCGCCUACCAUGUCUACGACAUUACUUCUACUCACGCAGCCCUCAAAAUUGAUAUUGGAAAACCCAGUCCAACUGCUUUGUAUAAAUACCUUGGGAAGAUGGACGCCUAUCCGACAGAUUCUGAUAAUGAUUUUUAUUUUGAAGUGAGGGACAACAUCACAGUAUCUCGGAAAACUUGGAACGUGAAUGAAUUUUUCAGAAACAAUGUAUUUUCCAUCUUCAUUCCUGCUAGAGAGCUAACUACUACGGGAAAAUUCUACGUUCUUAUUACGAAAAUUGAAGAUACAACGUCAGGCGGCUCAACCUCAAGUAGGAGGCUUCUUGCUGUGGGCAGUAACGACAGUUAUUCUCUGGAGUCUGUCUCCAUGGAAGCACGAGUCUGGGAUGACGCCACCAGUUCUUGGAAGACAUCGUCUAAUUUAGAGGUUGAUCCAAAUUCCUCUAAAGACAAGGUUGUUUUUAAGAGCAAUUUCUUCGGAUCAUUCUGUGCGGGCCUGUUUAUCCCUCCAAACAAAAUUGACUUUGAUAGGGUGUUUGCCAACUUUGACACCCUGUUGGCGGACAACCCUAUUGUUCUUAUCAUCCUGUGCAGCAUCGUCUGCCUCUACUUGCUGUUGGUCAUAUGGGCCAGGAGAGCAGACCUUUAUGACAGACAGUCGUGGGAUUACUAUCCACUCAUUGAUAACAGGUCCUCAGACACGUUUUGCUAUCGUGUGAGCGUCUUCACUGGAAUGAGAAGGCACGCUGGCACCACUGCCAAUGUCUUCGUGGUUUUGUAUGGCUCUCGAGGUAAAACUAAACCCAGAGUGGUCAUGGACGGAUGCAGGAAGAACUUCGAUAGAGGCAGCAUAUCUAACUUUUUGCUGAAGACCGACAAAGACCUUGGUCGACUGAAGCAUAUUCAGAUAUGGCAUGAUAACUCUGGCAAGAAUCCGGCGUGGUACUUGUCCAAAGUGAUCAUUUUUGACGUCUUAAAGAAAAAGAGAUAUUUCUUUGCGUGCGCUAACUGGAUCGCAGAAGACCGAGGGGAAUGUAGAACAGACCGCCUUCUUAAAGGUCUACAAGAAAGCGACAUGAAAGAUUUCAAAUCACUGUUUAAUGACCACACGCGUAAAAACGCUUUCGACGACCAUAUCUGGCUGUCAGUUUUUAAGCGUCCAACACGCAGUCGCUUUAGCCGCGUCCAGAGAUUGUCCUGCUGUUUAGCUGUGCUGUUCCUGUUUAUGAUCACUAACGCAAUGUGGUUUAAAACGGACGAGAACAACCCCAGCGCCAGUAACUCCGGAAUCGAUUUGGGAUUCAUCAAGAUAACGUACCAGCAGGUGUUUGUUGGUUUCAUGGGAGCAUGCAUAGUAGUCCCUCCCACAGUGAUAGUAAUGGAGAUUUUCCGCCGAGCUAAACCGCGCCAAAGAAAAGGGGUGAUAAUGGAAAAGAUACUUCAAGAACAUCUUCCGAGCAACAAAGUAGACAUUAUCUCCCAAAAAUCACAAGUAGAAAUUGAGGUCGCUGAAGACGUCGAAGAUGAUGAAAAUGUCAAGAAGAAAAAGAAACGAAAAAUCGAGCUACCAUGGUGGUCCAUUGUUUUUGGCUACAUUUUGUUAUUCAUUAUGACAUUUACUGGUGGAUUCUUCACACUUUUGUACAGUCUUGACUGGGGAAGGGAGAAAUCGUUGGAAUGGCUGGCAACAAUGCUGUUUGCCUUCUUGGAAUCUGUCUUUGUGGUUCAGCCAAUCAAGUUGCUCCUCCUGGCCUUUGUCUUCUCCUGCAUCUUGAGAAUACCAAACAUGGAUGGCGAGGAGUCGGAAGAUGACCUAGAUUCUCUUGUUGCACCACCAGAAAAAAUUCCACAGGACGUACGUUUUCCCGAUGGUCUUGUUAUACCUAAUUCUGAGCCCGACUUCGAGGAAGAAGACGAGGAUGUGGAGAGACGAAAGCUAGAAAACGAACGAGACAAACAGCUGUCGGCCAAGGUACGGGAGACCGUGAUAUACAUACUGAACCUGGCACUCCUCAUUUGGAUUUGUUCUGCCAACAGAGACUCCAACUUCUUCUUGCAGAACUCCGCUCUGAAGGGACAGAUUUCCGUCAGUGGAAAAUAUACUGUCUCAAUGGAAAGUGUAUACGACUACAUUAAAGUGGUGGUUCUGCCUGCUGCUUUUCCAUCGGCGGACUACAAUGGCAAUGCCCUUGCCUCCUACGAUCAGCAGUUUAUUAGUGAUAUGGACGGCUUGAGGAUGGGGCCCGUACGUCUGCGCCAAGCUAGAGUCAGACAAGACGCUGGAACAUUGCCACGGCUCAUGAAGGGCUUAUUCGAUUCUGCCGAGGUAUCAUACAAUGAUAAUGAUGAGGAAAGCCGAAAUUUCAAUCCAGCUUGGGAGCUCCCCUCUCUGGUAUCUCCAUAUGACAACACCACCACUGCGUUCACAUACCACGGCGCAGUGAUGCACGAACAUUCUCACAGCGGCCAUUUUCAGACGUACAAACCAGGGGGAUAUGUGGUGGAAUUCCACGCGGGCAGAAGCGCCAGCACCAUGGUGGAUGUACUGAAGUCCCAGAACUGGAUAGAUCGGUACACCAGAGCAGUGUUUGUGGAAUAUACCAUCAAUAAUGCAAAUACCAACGUCUUCAGCCAGAUUAAGAUCAUCUUCGAGUUCCCAGCGACAGGUGGUAUCUAUGCGACAACCGCUGAAAUCAGUUUCAGACCGUACCCCUAUGUUGACGCCAUGGACUUUGUCCUGCUCCUGGUACAGUUAGUGUGGGCAGCAUUACUGAUAUACUUGACGGUCGUGCAAGUACGGCAGAUGGUGCGACAGAAGUGUACCUACUUUCAUAGUUUGUGGAACGUCGCAGACUUGGCUAUGGUCCUUUUAGGCUACAUCGGCAUGGUGCUGUAUGGAGUACGGAUUGCUUACAUCAUUCAGGCAGUGGAAGACGUUAAGAAUAACCCAGGUGCAUUUGUAAGUUUUGACGACGUUGCACUGGUUGACGACGGGUUUGCCAUUACUAUGGGCGUGCUGCUGUUCAUAGCGUGGAUGCAGAUGUUUCGUCCUCUCUCCUUCAACUGGCAUCUGGCCAUGCUUAGAAGUUCCCUCGGCAGUCUGAAAAACACACUCUCGGUCUACGGCCUGUUCUUUGUCAUCAUUGUAGGCGCUUAUUGUAUGGCGUUCUACAUUGUGUGUGGUAGAUCAUUUGAAUCAUUCCGGGACUUCCUGUACAGUUUCUAUUCACUCUUUGGAGUGAUGCUCGGGCUAAUGGUCUACGAGGAUGUCAUCGAAGAAAAUACCAUAUUCCUGCAGCUGGCCUUUUUAUCGUAUAAUCUGCUGUCAAAUUUCAUUAUGCUGAACUGCUUUAUAAGCGUUGUGUGUGACACUUUGGAUGCGGUGAAAAACAGUAAGUCAAUUGAUGGUUUUGACUAUGAGAUGAAUGAUCACCUGGUGAAUCGAGUGAUGUCAAUAUGGAAGUCGAUUGCAGGGAUAAACAAGGAUAAAAAGGACAAAGAUGACAAGAAAAUUCCAGCUACUCAAGAUUCGGACAGCGGCAUUGACAUAGCAACACCACAACUUAAGCCUGGAACGUCUAAAAUUACAAUGCAGGAAAUUGAAAUGAGCUGCAGCAGCAUCAGUUCUGAAGCAUCUCAAAAAGAAGAGGACCCGGAAGUGAAAAUACAACGAGAGAAUAACUUUAAACAGUUCGAGUUGAGAAUGAAGAAAGUUACGCUGCUUUCACAACUGCUGGAAAAGCGGUUCGAGCUCUUCCUGUCCAACCACCGCCGUGAUGAGAGAGAAUCUGCCAAACUUGCAGCUAGCGCACGGUCUCAGUGGAAGAAAGUCAGGAACACACUGAAGUACAUAAACGAACAGAAACGGUUAGCUCAGGCGAGAAAAGAGAUGAAAGAAAGGGAUGUGCAGCAAGAUAAAAGGCGAGAUUCUACAGAGAUACGUUUUUGUGAAGAGAUGGCCAAAAUCGAGAGCGAGUCACAGCUUAACUCGCCAGAGCCCCUACAAGCAGAGGAAAGCGCUCCUAAAGAGUACAAACGCCAGCUUGGAGGUCCAGCGAAGCUAUGGGCCACAAAGGCAGACGCCAUUCGCCGUCAACAAGACCUCCAAGAUUCUUCCAAUGCCCUGGGUCGCAGGCGAACCAUGGGUGACGUGGUUGAUGAAUUAAUGCAUAGGGGCGCUUACUCUGACCCCGAGGACAAUCAAGGGAGCUCAGCCAAGGCGAUCGACUUUUAUCAGGGCCAACAGGGCCAAAAGACAAAUAGAAUUAGAGCUUUUGGUCUUAUUCGCCAGGCUUUAGUUCUCAAAAAGCGUGGAAACCUGCCAAAAUGAUAUUUGAAUAUUUUUUCU